CCCCGUCAUCACCAACACAACGCACUCCCGCCAACACAGCGCGCUCCCGUCCCGCCUUCUCAAAUCCCAAUUCCCCAUCGGCCAUCGCCGAAUCUCUCCGCGCCUCCACCCCGCCAGACGCCAUGGACGCCUCAGCCGCCGGCGCCGUUCCGAAGGCGAAGAAGUACGUGGUGGGGCGCAAGCUCGGCGGCGGCCCCAGGAAGCAGGCGGUGGCGCGGUCCGUCAAGGCCGGGCUGCAGUUCCCCGUCGGCCGCAUCGGGCGCUUCCUCAAGAAGGGCCGCUAUGCGCAGCGCGUCGGCAUGGGCGCCCCCGUCUACCUCGCCUCCGUCCUCGAGUACCUCGCCGCCGAGCUCCUGGAGCUCGCCGGGAACGCCGCCAAGGACAACAAGAAGGCCCGCAUCAUCCCGCGCCACCUGGUGCUCGCCAUCCGGAACGACCAGGAGCUCGGCAGGCUGCUCGCCGGCGUCACCAUCGCCCACGGCGGCGUGCUGCCCAACAUCAACCCCGUGCUGCUCCCCAAGAAGACCGCCGAGAAGGCGCCCAAGUCGCCCAAGAAGGCCGCCAAGUCCCCCAAGAAGGCUUAGUCGAUUACUUACUGUCUAGUAGCGCACUUUGUAGUAUAAUUACUGUUCGCUCUUUGGGUAAUGGUGUCGAUGUAGUGAUGUUCUGUUCUGUUUUGAGAAAAAAAUUGUCAGGGAUCUCUCUGACUAGCAGUAAA